AUGGCAGGAGUGGCCGCAUUCAUGAUCGUCUCGUCGAUUUACAAGAUUCCCGUCUCGGCCACGCAUGCCAUCGUCGGCGCAUCGUUGGCAUCGUCGCUCUAUUUGAGAGGAAACGUCGGCAUCAGAUGGAACGAAAUUGUCGGAAUUGAACACUCUAAAAUCACCGAUAUGCAUACACCUGUCAUGAAUAGUGAAGAAAUCCAUAAUUUACCUUGGUACAAAUAUUUCUACACUGCAGUGCCGGAGGAUCGUCUCACAACAAAGGUAUUCAAUGCCCUACAGAUCGUCUCCUCGUCGUUACUAUCAUUUUCUCAUGGUGCCAACGAUACCGCCAAUACUGUAGGUCCGUUGCUGGCAGUCUGGUUGACUUACCAUACAGGCUACGCGUUCGGUGCUGCGGAAACCAGAGACGAUUCUCAGGUGUUGCUUGCAUUUGGUGCAGUGGCAAUGAUCUUCGGAUUUUUGUCGUUGGGACAUCGUACGAUUAAACUGAUUGCACAGGAGAUUACGGUCGACAUGAGUCCAGUUUCUGGAUUCGCUAUCGAACUCGGCACUGCUUUCACGGUGUUGGUGUGCGUGAAAGCCGGCAUUCCGGUUUCGUCGACCCAUUGUGCCGUUGGAGCAGUUCUGUUUGUCGGCAUGACUAAAUCAACAACUGAAGGCGUCUCGUUUAAGACGUUCCGUAAAAUAUGCAUUGUCUGGUUGCUUUGCUUCCCUGUAGCGGCUGCCAUUUCUUUAGUGGUUACAAUAAUACUAGUGAAGCUUGCAUAG